AUGAUUGUGUACUUGGGUAAAUUGCUCUCCUGGAAAAGCAAGGGAGCAAAGGACUUGCUUUGUCGAAUCUGCUUGAUUUCUGCCAUUUCCAGUGCCUUUUUCACUAAUGACACUUCUUGUGUUGUUUUGACUGAAUCUGUGCUCAAAAUUGCUCGGCAGCAGAAUCUCCCUCCUCACCCAUUCCUAUUAGCCCUGGCCUCGAGUGCAAAUAUCGGGUCAUCGGCAACCCCUAUUGGCAAUCCUCAGAACUUAGUUAUAGCUGUUCAGAGUAAGAUUUCUUUUGGAAAUUUUUUAUUUGGUAUUUUCUGGGCAAUGCUUGUAGGAGUUUUUGUCAAUGCUUUGAUCCUGCUCUGUAUGUAUUGGAAGUUGUUAUCUGUUCAUAAGGAUGAAGAAGAUGCCACUAUGGAAGUGGUGAACUCUUCUAAUCCCAGUGGUUCUACAAAUCAUAGUGAGACUAUUAGAGACCGAGGGACUUUGAUUGAGAGUGAUAAUAUUCAUCUCUCUCCUAAUGUAAAUGGUUAUACGAAUCAUGUUGAGACACUUGGGAAUGGUGGCAGUCCAACUGAGAGUGAAAUCCAUAAUGUCCUGCGUUUGCAAUCUGAAUCCGUCAGGCACUCAAAUUCUUCGAAAGAAAUUGCAAACGAUGGAUUUAUGUCUUCAAAAUGUAUUCUAUCUUUGAACGGUAGUGAACACGGAAACUCUGCAUCACCGAAAAAAUGGAAAAGGAUUUUGUGGAAGACGUGUGUUUAUCUUGUUACCAUAGGAAUGCUAGUUUCUUUGCUGGUCGGUCUAAAUAUGUCCUGGACUGUAAUCACAGCUGCACUUGUCAUAGUUGUUCUUGAUUUUAAAGAUGCCGAACCGUGUUUAGAAAAGGUAUCCUAUUCGCUCUUGAUAUUCUUUUGCGGAAUGUUUAUUACAAUCGAUGGCUUCAACGGAACUGGAAUUCCAAGCACUGUGUGGGAUUUCAUGGAGCCUUAUGCACAGAUAGAUCAUAUUGGGGGAAUGGUAGUUUUAGCUGCUGUCAUAAUUGUGCUCUCAAAUUUGGCGUCAAAUGUACCUACAGUUCUACUGCUUGGAGCACGAGUGGCAACUUCUGCAGCAGCAAUAUCUCCUGCUAGUGAGAAGAAAGCAUGGCUCAUCUUAGCUUGGGUGAGCACGGUUGCAGGGAAUCUCUCUCUCUUGGGAUCGGCUGCCAACUUAAUAGUGUGUGAACGUGCUUGUCGGGCUCCCUAUGUCUACAAUUUAUCAUUCUGGAGUCACCUCAAAUUUGGAGUUCCCUCCACUAUUAUUGUAACAGCUAUUGGUUUGACUUUGAUAAGAGGAUGA